GUAGUCUCACUCGGUCAAAAUAUCCGGCGCGGUCACCCGUCAAACUCGUGAUGUUAGGAAACAAGAAGAGUGGAAUCAUUACAGAUAAUCGAUAAAAAUUGCUCCCCAGGCAAAAGCAGGAUAAGGUUUGAACAUUUCAACAGAAAUGGCUGGCUCCACCUAUGGUUUAGACAAGAUCGCUGGUGUACAGGGUUAUCUGGUAGUUAAUCCUGAUGGUGCUGUUUUAGCAUCUUCAGGAGAUCUCGAGAAUGACGAAAAGACAGCUGGUGUGAUUGUAGACAUGCUACAGACAGCAUCCAUGAUCCCAUUAUCUGGGGAUAGCUCCCACUCCCUCAAGAGACUAUCAGUACAUUUUGGCAACUUUGUUCUAAUGGCAACCGUAACUAACCAAAGAAUAUUCAUAGUCAAGAGACCUACAACAGAAACAGAGUAGAUAUAAUUUAUAGUUAAUAAAAUAAUGAUAAAGGAACUAGCACAUCAACAGUCACCAUCUCAUAUGAACUUAAGCAUACACAAAUUUAAACAACAGCAAAACAAAUUUAUCCAAUGUCAAUCAUAUGAUUUACUGUUGUUGUUUAUCUCUUGAAAAUGUAAAUAAAUAUUUUGUUUAUACCAA